AUGGACUUCGACUUGGGCAUCGAGGUUGACCACCGCAAGAGGCGACGGAACCGGACUACGCAGUCGUGCCUCAAUUGUCAUACUUCGAAGCGGAAGUGCGAUCGCAAACGCCCGUGUCAGCGGUGCAUUCAACUAGGACUGACUGGAUUAUGCGUCUACGAGGUCGAUGACCCAGCUUUAAGGGACGAUCCGAAUAUCGACGAGACGACUCGUCUACGAAACAGAAUCGCUGAACUGGAAAGCCUCGUUAGGGAACUACGUGGCAAACCCCACCCCCGCUGGGCAGAGCCCAACUAUUGCGAUGGCGACGCCAACGAGAAGUGGCACUCGAGGUCCAGCAAACGGAGCUUGACAUUGCCGCACCUAAGAAGCGGAGACGGCCUAACUGUCGGUGCAACUUCCUCUGUCAAAUCGGAGCAACCGGCCGACUUCUCCCGGCACCAACUCUAUAGCCUAGGUUCAACGUCCCCUGGAUCGCCAGACUCUCACGAAGCAGUAUCCGCUUCGCAGGCAUACUAUCGUGGCUAUGCCCAGCAGAACCCGCAUGACGAGUCUGCAAUGUACUAUUCGUCGUCGUCGUCUAGCUCUCCCAUGGGCUACGACAACGGGGAUUUGCCGGCGCAGUCGAACGGGGACCACUACACACACCAUUCAUAUACCAGGUCCUCGAUGCAGACCGCCGAGGGCCAGGUCUCGUGCUCCUGCUUGACCAACCCCGCUUCCGUACCUCCCUUGAUAGCGCUCACCUCCCAACUUCGCACUGCCUCGCAAAUACUCAGGCAGCUACCGGAGCAUCAUGCGCACCAUGAUUGUCGCGUUCUCAGCAGGAUCGUUGAGCUUGACGAUAUCAUGCACGGAGGCGGCUCUAAUUAUAUGGCUGACUCGACGUAUGACACCGCAGUGCCAUCGUCGGCUGAUAGCGAUAUCAUGUCGCCGACGUCGGCGUCGAGCCAAUCCAGCUUGAACACGCCGUUGCAGGAAUGGUCAACAAUGGAGGCGCAGAACGCAUACGAAUACUACCCUGUCGCGACGGCAGACUACCAGAAAGCGUACCAUCUUGCUACUUGA